GGGCGUCGGGCCAGCUGAGCUAUCCCGUCAGACCCCGCCAGUUUGAAUGAAAGCUCCUCAAGAUGGCGGCGGCGGGGGCCGAGACGCGAGGAGCUUGGUGUGUGCCUUGCCUAGUUUCACUUGAUACUCUUCAGGAAUUAUGUAGAAAAGAAAAGCUCACAUGUAAAUCGAUUGGAAUCACCAAAAGGAAUCUAAAGAAUUAUGAGGUGGAAUACUUGUGUGACUACAAGGUAGUAAAGGAUAUGGAAUAUUAUCUUGUAAAAUGGAAAGGAUGGCCAGAUUCUACAAAUACUUGGGAACCUUUACAAAAUCUCAAGUGCCCAUUACUGCUUCAGCAAUUCUCUAAUGACAAGCAUAAUUAUUUAUCUCAGGUAAAGAAAGGCAAAGCAAUAACUCCAAAAGACAAUAACAAAACUCUGAAACCUGCGGUUGCUGAGUACAUUGUGAAGAAGGCUAAACAAAGGAUAGCUCUGCAGAGAUGGCAGGAAGAACUCAACAGAAGAAAGAAUCAUAAAGGAAUGAUAUUUGUUGAAAAUACUGUUGACUUAGAGGGCCCACCUUCAGACUUCUACUACAUUAAUGAAUAUAAACCAGCUCCUGGUAUCAGCUUAGUUAACGAAGCUACAUGUGGUUGUUCAUGCACGGAUUGCUUCUUUGACAAAUGUUGUCCUGCUGAAGCUGGAGUUCUUUUGGCUUAUAACAAAAAACAACAAAUUAAAAUCCCGCCUGGUACCCCCAUCUAUGAGUGCAACUCAAAGUGUCAAUGUGGACCUGAUUGUCCCAAUAGGAUUGUACAAAAAGGCACACAAUAUUCACUUUGCAUCUUUCGAACUAGCAAUGGCCGUGGCUGGGGUGUAAAAACCCUUGUGAAAAUUAAAAGAAUGAGUUUUGUCAUGGAAUACGUUGGAGAGGUAAUCACAAGUGAAGAAGCUGAAAGACGGGGGCAGUUAUAUGACAACAAAGGAAUUACAUAUCUCUUUGAUCUGGACUAUGAAUCUGAUGAAUUCACAGUGGAUGCAGCUCGAUAUGGAAAUGUGUCUCAUUUUGUGAAUCACAGUUGUGACCCAAAUCUUCAGGUGUUCAAUGUUUUCAUUGAUAACCUCGAUACUCGUCUUCCCCGAAUAGCAUUGUUUUCCACGAGAACCAUAAAUGCUGGAGAAGAGCUGACUCUUGAUUAUCAAAUGAAAGGUUCUGAAGAUAUAUCUUCAGAUUCUAUUGACCACAGCCCAGCCAGAAAGAGGGUCAGAACUGUAUGUAAAUGUGGAGCUGUGACUUGCAGAGGUUACCUCAACUGAAUUUUCAGGAAAUAGAGCUGAUGAUAAUUGUA